AUGUCCACCCAAUCCGCCCAAAGCAUCCUCUUCACCCACACAGCCCCGCAACAAGGCUUCCGAUUACUCGAACUCCCCCCGGAGGUCGCGGACCUCCUCGCUUCGGAGAAUCCUCCCACACUAUACCUCAAGACCCCCACCACCACCACCAGCAAAACGAGUGACCCGCGCGAAUACGUCAAUCUUUGCACUCCGACCCAGACCUACCGCAUCCGUCAGGUCCAGUCCUCGAAUUCUCUGCAUAUCUUGAGGCCCAGCGAUAGGGGAGGAGGUGAUACGGUCCUCCGGCGCGAGGAUCUGGCUGUUGUGGAUGGGAGGGCGGCUGCUGCUGUUGUUGCUGCUGCUGCACAGAAGGGGGGCCAGGGUGGGGAUAUGGACGUUGAUGUUGAGGUGGAUGUGGAUGUGGAUGUGGAUGUGGAUGUGGGUGUCGAUCUCGCGGAGACGAUGACGACGAUCGCGAAGUGCGGGUCGACGCUUGAGUUGCAUGUGCCGGAGGGGGGGUUCCGGGCUGCGGAGUUCUUGGGGGGUCUGGUGGGCAGGUUUGCGGGGGGGAUGAGUGCUGCUGCUGCUGCUGCGGCUACUGGUGGUACUGGUGGUGCGGGGGUCGCGGAGGGCAAGGUGAUGGAGGCUGUGUUCGCUGAUAUCCCGGUUUCCCGGGCGGAAUGUGAGAGGGGUUGGGUCGAGGGGUGUGCGUUUGUGUGGCGGGGCAGGGCGUGGGCGCCGACGCCGGAGGUCAUGAUGGAGGUGUGGAAGCGGGUGGUUGAUGGGGCGGUGGUGCAGGGGAUUGAUCUCCGUGCCCAGUUUCUGGUGGAUGAUCUGUGGAAGUCGGUGGUGGCGGAGGAGGAUGAGGAGGAAGAAGAAGAAGGGGAGGGGCAGUUCCCUCGCGCGUUAUUUGAGGCCGUCGUGCGACGCGUGGUUGAGGGGGGGGAGGGGAAGUCCUUGCUUGAUGAGACGUUGAAGUGGGCUAGUUUGGACAAGGAUGCUUGUGUACGAUGGGUUGGAGAGACGUAUCUGGAGGCUAUGGCGCCGAUGGCGAGUGCGGCGGUUGGCCGCAGUGAGUUCCUCAACGCUUGGAAGGAUCAUCUACCUGAGGCUUGGAGGGAGGAGGUGGCUCUGGCUAAAUUGACGGACGCCGUUUAUCAACUGCCCGACCCGACGACCAUCUGCUUCGUGACGGAAUACGAACGACAGCGGUCCAAGAAGAAUCUGCCCACCGAUGCGAGUGCGUCAACCGCGGCCAAGAAGUCCAGAAACUGGCACGAGCUCUUCAAGAAUCAAAAGCGACAGAAGCGGUGA